AUGCAUAGGGGAGGAGCAGCCACUACAAUCGUUGACAUUCAGUAUAGUUGUGUAUUCACGUCGUGUACAGUGUAUUACACACCUUUUCCAGUUGUGCGUCUUGCCAGGGAUGACGCCGGGGAAGGAGAGACUGUGAUGGCCGUUGUGGGCAACGGGGGUGGCCUUGAGCCUGCGACGCUGGUCAGUUUAGACUUUGGCAAUAAGCAGGCUUCUACUUUUUGGCAGCUGCUGAACGAGGGCAAGCACGUGGUUUUGCCAGCCUCACCGUUGUGCCUGGGCCUGACAACCAAUGCGUCGCGUUCGCUAUGCUGCACAGUUCUAGUUGAGAAAACUAGUAACCCGCCUGUCCCUACUUCUACAGCCUUUGUGUACAGCUUUGGCGACGGCGAGGCACCAAGGCUUAACGGCAGAUUGGCUUCUUGCCACAGUUGUGAUUUUCACCGUGAUAAAUUGUGGUGUCUGUCGCAGACAAAACAGGGGGUUAAAGGUGGCGUGUUGCUUUUUUCGCUUAAUGACUUGGCUGGGGAUGCACAGUUACACGUGAUCGAUGAUAAUUCUGCCUUUCUAGGCGUAGUUCCCGCCCCAAUUUCCAUAGAAGCCGUGGAUGUCAAUGUUGCCCAUAUUUUUACGGAUCAUGGUGUUCUUCGCUGUGAUGCCAGGAUGAAAGAGCUGCACUGGAUUUGGCAGUCAAGGGAGCAUCUACUCUCCGGUGUUGGGUGCAAGCGUGGGGAGAGGAUAGUGCUUGCUUCGGAAUCUGACGCAGUCAUGGUGUUUGACGUCCGUAAGGCAUUUCAUGCCAUGUACGAGGUGAACGUGUCCUUUCCAGUUGUCUUGCGCUCAUCAAGAAGCGGAAGCGUGGUACUUGCCGCUUCCCGCCAUCAAGUAGGUGUCUUUCAUGUGGAACAACUGGAGUUCUUGGGGGCGUUUGAUGGCCCAGGCGGGGUGCUUGACGCCACUCCGCUAGUCGAGGAGAAGCACGCAGUUCGGGUGGUCUCUGUGACUGCUGACGGAUGCCUUUGUGACUGGACGAUGGAGUUUUAG